AUGGUAGAUGAAUCACGUGAUAUUUCAACAAAUGAGCAAAUGGCGGUGAUUUUGCAUUAUAUGGACAACAAGGGUCAAGUAAUUGAAAGGUUCAUGGGAGUCCAACAUGUUACCGAAACAACUUUAAGUAAACUAAAAGAGUCCAUUGAUGAGUUCUUGAAACUACAUGAUUUGAGCUACUCCAACCUACAAGGUCAAGGUUAUGAUGGUGCGAGUAAUAUGAGAGAUUGCUACAAUGAUAGUGCUGGUGAAGCAAAAUGGUUAUUAAAAGAUUUACAAUCUUUUGAUUUUGUGUUCCUUCUCUUUUUGAUGAAAUCCAUAUUAGGAGUUGGAAACGAUUUGUCACAAGCAUUGCAAAAAAAAGAUCAAGAGAUUGUGAAUGCAAUGGCUUUAGUCAAGACAUGUAAAGAACAACUACGUUGCAUGAGGAAUGAUGAAAAUUUUGAUCUUUUGGUUGAUAAAGUAUCAUCUUUUUGUGUUGAACAUGAAAUUGAGGUGCCUAAUAUGGAUGAUUUAUAUGUCAUUCAAGGGAAGUCAUUGCGUAAGGCUCCAAGAAAGACCAAUAUUCAUCAUUACAAAGUGGAGCUCUUUUUUGAGGGCAUUGAUUUCCAACUUACAGAAAUAGAUGAUCCCUUCGCUGAAGGUAAUACUGAAUUGCUUAUUUUCUUGGCAUGUUUGAGUCCGAAUGAUUCAUUUGUAGUUUUUGAUAAAGAGAAGCUUGUUCGCCUUGCUUAG